AUGUCUGUCAUGCGCAUGAAGCGCCUGCAAAAGGAGCUCAAAGGGCUGCAAAAGCAAAGCUCACAACAUUCAUUCCACCUGCUACCGCUUAGCUCAGAUAAUGCUUUUGAUGUGUGGCAUAUGGAGAUGCAGGUGCUCAACCAUCCGCUAUAUGCAGGUCAAAUCUUUCUACUUCGCUUCAAAUUUCCGCUCAGCUACCCGAUCGACUCGCCAGAGGUCGUCUUCCUUCCUGGUCCUCGCCAGAGUAAUGCGUCUGUGCCGUCUACCGCGCCCACAGGCUCACAAGAGCGGCCAAUUGAUCUAGAUGCGGAUGAUAAACCUACAGCGCCCGAGCCCACAACCUAUAGUAUCCCGCUUCAUCCUCACAUCUACACAAAUGGACACAUUUGUCUCGAUUUGCUCUAUGCUCCAGCUUGGUCUCCCGUACAAAACGUCGAGUCUGUGGCGUUAUCCAUCCUCAGUAUGCUGGCUGGCAAUUCUAUUGCUGAGCGGCCUGUAGAUGAUGCGAGUUACUCUGGCAGGACGCCUGUGGGUGCGAAUCCAAAACGAACCAAUUGGGUUUUCCACGACGAUACGGUGUAA